ACCGACGGACUGACGGACUAGCGCCUGCCUGCGCUGCUGGGGCGCGCCGGCACCGGGCGUCGACGGCCAGCUCCAGCCCUCCCCGCCCCGUCGCGCCCCGCCCCGUCCCGUCGGGGCCGAUGGCUCCUCCCGAGGCCCGGAGCCCAGGGGGCGCAGGGUAGAGCGCCGCGAUCGGGCCAUACAGCCCGGGGACUCCCGGGCCCUCCCGGAGCCCCGCGGAGUCCCCGCCGUCCGUCUGGCGGGCUCAGGGAGCGAGUGGGAUUGCCCUCCCCCCGCCGCCCCCUCCCCUGAGCGUCGAGACAAGAUGCUGCCCGGCCUCAGGCGCCUGCUGCAAGGUCCCGCCUCGGCCUGCCUCCUGCUGCUGCUCCUGGCCCUGCCCCCAGCGGCCCCCAGCUGCCCCAUGCUCUGUACCUGCUACUCGUCCCCGCCCACCGUGAGCUGCCAGGCCAACAACUUCUCCUCGGUGCCGCUGUCCCUGCCGCCCAGCACGCAGCGACUCUUCCUGCAGAACAACCUCAUCCGCACGCUGCGGCCCGGCACCUUUGGGCCCAACCUGCUCACCCUGUGGCUCUUCUCCAACAACCUGUCCACCAUCUACCCGGGCACCUUCCGCCACCUGCAGGCCCUGGAGGAGCUGGACCUAGGCGACAACCGGCACCUGCGCUCUCUAGAGCCCGACACCUUCCAGGGCCUGGAGCGCCUGCAGUCACUGCAUCUCUACCGCUGCCAGCUCAGCAGCCUGCCCGGCAACAUCUUCCGCGGCCUGGUCAGCCUGCAGUACCUCUACCUCCAGGAGAACAGCCUGCUCCACCUACAGGAUGACCUGUUCGCGGACCUGGCCAACCUGAGCCACCUCUUCCUCCACGGGAACCGCCUACGGCUGCUCACCGAGCACGUGUUCCGCGGCCUGGGCAGCCUGGACCGGCUGCUGCUGCACGGGAACCGGCUGCAGGGCGUGCACCGCGCGGCCUUCCGCGGCCUCAGCCGCCUCACCAUCCUCUACUUGUUCAACAACAGCCUGGCCUCGCUGCCGGGCGAGGCGCUCGCCGACCUGCCGGCGCUCGAGUUCCUGCGGCUCAACGCCAACCCCUGGGCGUGCGACUGCCGCGCGCGGCCGCUCUGGGCCUGGUUCCAGCGCGCGCGCGUGUCCAGCUCCGACGUGACCUGCGCCACCCCCCCUGAGCGCGCGGGCCGGGACCUGCGCGCCCUCCGCGAGGCCGACUUCCAGGCGUGCCCGCCGGCGGCGCCCACGCGGCCGGGCAGCCGCGCCCGCGGCAACAGCUCCUCCAACCAUCUGUACGGGGUGGCCGAGGCCGGGGCGCCCCCCGCCGACCCCUCCACCCUCUACCGAGACCUGCCCGCCGAAGACCCGCGGGGGCGCCAGGGCGGGGACGCGCCCACGGAGGACGACUACUGGGGGGGCUACGGGGGCGAGGACCAGCGGGGGGAGCAGACGUGCCCCGGUGCUGCCUGCCAGGCGCCCCCGGAUUCUCGCAGCCCUGCGCUCUCCGCUGGGCUCCCCACCCCUCUGCUUUGCCUCUUGCUUCUGGCGCCCCACCACCUCUGACUGCGGCGCUGAGACUGUAGAGGCCAGUGUGCUUCCUCCAUCCCCCGUCCCCCAU